ACGCUUCCUCCUCAACCACCCGUGCUCAACAUUUCCUCGUUGAGCUCAUACAUUGCGCUCGGAGAGGGGCUCGGACCCUACAUUCACUGCAACUUCAUACCCUCCCAUGGCUUCCAAGCUCUGUGACUCCUGCAAGUCCGCCACCGCCACCCUCUUCUGCCGCGCCGACUCCGCCUUCCUCUGCCUCGGCUGUGACUCCAAGGUCCAUGCCGCCAACAAGCUUGCUUCCCGCCACGCGCGCGUCUGGGUUUGCGAGGUCUGCGAGCAGGCUCCUGCUCACGUCACCUGCAAGGCCGACGCUGCUGCUCUCUGCAUCACCUGUGACCGGGAUAUCCACUCUGCCAAUCCACUCGCUCGCCGUCACGAGCGUGCCCCCGUCACUCCCUUCUAUGAUCCCGUCCACUCAGUCGGUGUCCCGUCGGGCGCUGCCAUCAACUUCCUCAACGACCGUUACUUCUCCGAUGCCGAUGCAGAUGCUGAUGUCAGCAGGGAAGAGGCGGAAGCGGCUUCCUGGUUGCUGCCAAACCCUUCCAAUCCGAAGGCCGUAGAGAGCCCAGAUCUGAACUCCGGUGAGUACGUGUUUCCCGAAAUGGAGCCCUGCCUGGAUCUGGAUUUCGGGCCGGAGGAUCCGAAGGAGGAGGCUCAGGAGCAGAACAGUUCCGGCACUGAUGGUGUUGUGCCGGUACAGAGCAAGAGCGCACAGAUUCCAUCCCUCAACGACCACUACUACGACAUGGAAUUGACUGGGUCCAAGAAUUUCGCCUACGGUUACAACGGCAGCCAGUGUCUGAGCCAGAGUGUAUCGUCUUCUUCCAUGGAAGUCGGGGUGGUUCCAGAUGGGAAUGCGAUAUCGAACGGCUACAGCAAGACGAUGAUGGGGAGCGAGAAUCAGACGGUGCAGAUAUCAGCCGCUGACAGGGAAGCGAGGGUAUUGAGGUACAGAGAGAAGAGGAAGAACCGCAAGUUCGAGAAGACUAUUCGAUACGCUUCCAGAAAAGCGUAUGCGGAAACGAGACCCAGGAUCAAAGGCAGAUUCGCCAAGCGAUCGGAGGCGGACCGCUUCGGAGGAUACGGCGUCGUACCAAGCUGUUGAGCGCUCUGGUGGUUGCAUAUCAAGUAGAUUCCGGUUAACCGUGUACAUAUAUUUUUGUUGUUGUGGUUGUUUUCCUUGUUCUUGAAUCUGAACUUGCUUGCGAGUGUGAUAUAUGUGUAGCUAUGCAUUUUGGUGGUUGAUAAUAUAGUAUAUUGGGAUCACCAAAUCAUCAAUA